AUGGGCCGCAUGGCCGAUGUCAAGACAAACGGCCAUGUCGUUUGGGAUCUUACCUCGCCGGGUUCCAGUGAUGAGAGAACCGAUUAUUUCUCUCUCGGCGAUUCCCUUCCGCCCUUUUCCCUGCUCACUUCGGACGAAGAGCGGGAAAAGAAAGCGGAAGCGUUUAGUCCAGGCACGUACCACGUCGUGAUGACACCAGACAGUUUCUCCUCCCUGCCAGAAUAUGCAGACGAGGAGAAACCUAAAUCAAAUUCCGAGUGUAGGAGCUCCGCCACCAAUAGCCCCACGAUCACGGCAAAGCCAGACGUGAGAGAAGAUCCCAAUGUGGUGAUUUUGAAGACUUUUGAAGAUGUUACCCGUCGCUCGCCGUCGAGCGGGAAGAUCAGGAUCUCUCCAACCUCGGAGAUAUCCGAUCCUUUUUGCAAUUUGUCUCUCUCGCCGAAUUUCACCUCGCUUCCGUCGCCCGAUGUCAAGGUAGAGGAGAUGACUUUCCUCGACCCGCGUCUUGACCAACAAAGUCAGGAUUCGACUAUCUUUUCCCACUUUCGUCAUGUCGUAUGGAGGCAGUUGUUCCCUCACGACCAUAGGCUGGAUGAUUCUUGUGGCUCGGAUAGUCAUAGUCACUUUAUGACUCUCAGCAUGGACUUCCUAGAGCAGGAAGCCACUCGUUUCCCUCCUCUUUCCCACGCUAUGAUGGCUGUAUCAGCCCUUAGUCUCUCGCACAGCGGCACAGGUCACAAUGUCGAUGCGCUACAAUAUUAUCAGCAAGCUUUCCCUUCGCUCCAGGUCAGCCUGCGGAACAACGAUGAUCUCGUUUCCGACGGACUGUUCCUUACGCACUUCCUGCUUUUGAUUUACGAGAUCGCAGCCGCCGAGCCACACGGCUCGAACCUCUGGUCUCACCAUAUCUCUCGCCUUCUCCACAUCGCCUUCCUUCGACGAGCCAAGUAUGGCCAAGAACCCCACCCAUUCAUCCUUUGGUGGGUGUGCCACAUUGACUUGUACGCUUUGUUCAGCGGAGCAGGGACCGGAGAAUUUGUACGAGCCGUGAUCGACCACCAGAUGCUUCCUGGCUCAGAAUGUCUUCUCUACCCUUCGGCCCCAGAGGGAUACAGUGUCAUUUACUCCGACGAACAUGAGAGCCUACCGGUGAUUAUGCGUCUAUACCAUGACACCUUCCGGCUGGCGGCUCAACUGGGCUUCCUGGCUACUCGGCUUCGUCACGAUAAACAGAAUCUGCCCUUUGCAGAGUUCGAUCAGAGAUCGCAGGAAGUAAGCGAUCUGCGCCAGGCUUUUGGGAGACUGUGGGAAUCCCCCGAUGUUGCCUUCCUACAUCAACACCAGGAUAAUCUCCCGCGGCGGUCUCGGGAAAUCAUGCAACAGUCCGCUACAUUGUACCAUGUUUGUCAACUCUUCUCUUACAGUAGCAUGUGGCCCGGACAACGCCUCGAGUCUGAUUUCUCCCCAGAUGGAGAAAUCGACCACCAUGCAACGGAGAUCUUACGCUUAGCCGAGCGGACUACACACACUCGCCGAGCUGAUCGGCACUUUAUAGUCUUUCCCUUGUUCCUAGCAGGUGCCACAGCAUCGGCUAGUGGAUUAAAGAUGAUGGCCAUGGAAUUGAUGACUAGCAUGGAAGAUGAGGAAGAUGGCAUGGGUCGCAAUGCGGCAACGACUCGUGCUAUCCUCCAGAUCGUGUACGAGCGGCAAUUAGAGCGACUUAUGCAUGUGGGCCAUACAUUUGAUGUGGAUUGGUCGGAUCUAAUGGCUCAGGAGGGUCUUCAGAUGGUCAAUUUCGGGUUUUGA